CAUUUCCUGAAACCGGAUCUCGGUGUCAGAGCCGCCCCCAACCGGGCGGGCGCCUCAGCCAUGGCCCUGCGCAAGGAGCUGCUUAAGUCCAUCUGGUACGCUUUCACCGCACUGGAUGUAGAGAAGAGCGGCAAGGUCUCCAAGUCCCAGCUCAAGGUGCUGUCCCACAACCUGUACACGGUCCUGCACAUCCCACACGACCCCGUGGCUCUGGAGGAGCACUUCCGCGAUGAUGAUGAUGGCCCCGUGUCCAGCCAGGGAUACAUGCCCUACCUCAACAAGUACAUCCUGGACAAGGCCUGGUGGCAGGUGGAGGAGGGAGCUUUCGUUAAGGAGCACUUUGAUGAGCUGUGCUGGACCCUGACGGCCAAGAAGAACUAUCGGGUGGAUAGCAACGGGAACAGCAUGCUCUCCAAUCAGGAUGCCUUCCGCCUCUGGUGCCUCUUCAACUUCCUGUCUGAAGACAAGUACCCUCUGAUCAUGGUUCCUGAUGAGGUGGAAUACCUGCUGAAGAAGGUGCUCAGCAGCAUGUGCUUGGAGGUGGGCCUGGGUGAGCUGGAGGAGCUGCUGGCCCAGGAGGCCCAGGCAGCCCAGGCCACCGGGGGACUCAGUGUCUGGCAGUUCCUGGAGCUCUUCAACUCGGGCCGCUGUCUGCGAGGCGUGGGGCGGGACACCCUCAGCAUGGCCAUCCACGAGGUCUACCAGGAGCUCAUUCAAGAUGUCCUGAAACAGGGUUACCUGUGGAAGCGAGGGCACCUGAGGAGGAACUGGGCAGAACGCUGGUUCCAGCUGCAGCCCAGCUGCCUCUGCUAUUUUGGGAGUGAAGAGUGCAAGGAGAAAAGGGGCACUAUCCCGCUGGACGCGCAGUGCUGUGUGGAGGUGCUGCCCGACAGAGAGGGGAAGCGCUGCAUGUUCUGUGUGAAGACGGCCUCCCGCACUUACGAGAUGAGCGCCUCAGACACGCGCCAGCGCCAGGAGUGGACGGCUGCCAUCCAGACGGCGAUCCGGCUGCAGGCCGAGGGGAAGACGUCGCUGCACAAGGACCUGAAGCAGAAGCGGCGCGAGCAGCGGGAGCAGCGGGAGAGACGCCGGGCAGCCAAGGAAGAGGAGCUGCUGCGGUUGCAGCAGCUGCAGGAGGAGAAAGAGCGGAAGCUUCAGGAACUCGAGCUGCUGCAGGAGGCGCAGCGGCAGGCCGAGCGCCUGCUGCAGGAGGAGGAGGAGCGGCGACGCAGCCAGCACCGCGAGCUGCAGCAGGCGCUCGAGGGCCAGUUGCGCGAGGCGGAGCAGGCCCGGGCCUCCAUGCAGGCUGAGAUGGAGCUGAAGAAGGAGGAGGCUGCCCGGCAGCGGCAGCGCAUCCAGGAGCUGGAGGAGAUGCAGCAGAGGCUUCAGGAGGCCCUGCAACUGGAGGUGAAAGCUCGGCAAGACGAGGAGGCCGUGCGCCUAGCCCAGACCAGACUGCUGGAGGAGGAGGAGGAGAAGCUAAAGCAGCUGCUGCAGCUGAAGGAGGAGCAGGAGCGCUACAUCGAGCGGGCGCAGCAGGAGAAGCAAGAGCUGCAGCAGGAGAUGGCGCUGCAGAGCCGCUCCCUGCAGCAGGCCCAGCAGCAGCUGGAGGAGGUGCGGCAGAACCGGCAGCGGGCCGACGAGGACGUGGAGGCUGCCCAGAGGAAGUUGCGCCAGGCCAGCACCAAUGUGAAACACUGGAACGUCCAGGUGAACCGGCUCAUGCAUCCAAUUGAGCCCGGAGACAAACGUCCCACCACCAGCAGCUCCUUCACAGGCUUCCAGCCUUCCCUACUUGCCCGCCGGGACUCCUCCCUGAAGCGCCUGACCCGCUGGGGAUCCCGGGACAACAGGACCCCCUCGCCCAGCAGCAGUGAGCCGCAAAAGUCCCUCAAUGGUGGAGAUGAGUCUCCCAUCUCGGCUUCCACCCCUCAGGAAGAUAAACUGGACCCAGCACCCGAAAAUUAGCCUCUGCUAGCCCCUUUCCCCAGACCUCAUGCCUACCAGGACCUGGCCACAGCUGGCCUGUGGGUGACACCGGCCCCUGCAGAAGAGGGAGCUGAGGUCCUGGUGCCAGGGGCCCCAGGCCUUAUAACCAUUAAACAGUCCAGAAUGGAAUCUUCAUUUUUUGCACCAGGCCCAGGCCCCGGCCCCAGACCCCUGAGGCUGUCUGGGAUGUUGAUCCUUGAGAACUUGACCCAGUGCCUUAACUCCAAGGACCCUGUGCCCUGGGCUGGGAAAGAAAGGAAACAAGCAAGCCAGGGGCCAUCUGCGCAAAGACUGCCACCAAGUUGCGGAGGCACAUUUCCAAAUAAAAACUGCUCUUGGAAUGAAUCA